UGUAUUUUCUUGCAGGUGACUUGACGCCGGCGACAGCGCAGCAGCAGCAGCAGCAUCUGGCGGCGCUGCCUGGCCCUGAUAUUUGGACAAUCAAAACUUCACAUUUUUUUAGGGGGGGUUGAUUGAGUUCCAUCUCCGGACAAUGGAGUCGGACAUGCUGCUGCACAUCGCCAAUUUCAGCACGCUGUUUGUGUGCAUGGUGCUGAAGUUCCCGCAGAUCUUUGUGUUGAUGCGGGCCAAAUCAACGACAGGAGUCAGCCUCAACAGUCUUCUCCUCGAGUUAAUCGGGUUCAUUGUUUUUGUAACAUACCAGAUGUACUACAACUACCCACCUCCGACAUACCUGGAAUACCCAAUCCUCAUUGCUCAAGAUGUCAUUCUUCUGCUGCUGAUUCUUCACUACAACGGCAACCUGCGGCAAAGCCUCAUCUACGCCUUGGUGUUUGUUGGAGGUUGGCAGCUCCUCACUGUGAAGAAGUGGAUCAUAGAUUUGGCUAUGAGCCUGUGCACAUUCAUCAGUGCCACUAGUAAGCUGGCCCAGCUACAGUGCCUGUGGAGGUCCAAGGACUCCGGGCAGGUUAGCGCCCUCUCCUGGGGGAUGGCUACCUACACAUGUAUGGCGAGGAUUUACACCACCACCGUGACAACAGGAGACAUGCAGGUUCUCGUGCGGUUCAUUGUCAUGACUCUGCUGAACCUCUGGGUGCUCCUCACUGUGCUCUACUACCAAAGAAACAGCAGCUCCAAGAAACGAGACUAAGUUCAAAGCGGGGCACCGGGGGCCCGUCUCACAAGGCAAGAUCAGUCAUGCCGAUAACUUUCACACCAGCUUUUCAGUCUCAUGAAGGUGGCUCACUUUUACGCAGGGUUACAUCACCACGCUAACUCAGGCUGCACGGCUAGCAACUUGCUCCGGAGCAGGUUGCGUUCAAGCUGUCGGAUCCAAAUGAAAAAUGGCACCACCGUUACUAGAAAAUCACUGGACCUUUUAGAUAAUGUUUACUGCAAGGAUUCCAACGCUGCAUUCAAAGCAAAAGAACCGCUUUGCUUUCCAAUUUGAAUGAUCAUAUCAGAGAUUUUUAAAAUGUUUGUAGCAUUUCCAGCUCACUUGCCUUGUCUGGCUAUCAAAGAGGCAUUCUGUCAGAUUGCAGGUUGCUUACUACUAUGAUUAAUGAGCGUUUACUGUUGUAUAUCAAGUGCAAUUAAAUUCUUCCAUAGGAUUCCAGGGAGUGAUCGGUGCAACACAUUGCACACGUAUUCCAUCACUGCAGCCCCUAGGAACAUGAGGCAGCGUGGUGAACAGAUCGUGUUUUCACAGCCUCAUAUGACGACACAAUAUUGUAUCACUGCGGUGUGCCCACUGUGCUGUAAGGAAGGGGUAGUGAUAUGCACACAUACACUGGCAGUGAGCUAUCUGCAAUCUGACGUCUUGGUAGCAGCAACUUUCCACUGUUACAGGGUUUUUGCUUUGCGCGUAUUCAGAGGUCCAAGCACACAGUGCUCAAACCCUUUUGUAUGCGAUUGUUACUUUCUUUUAUUUGUCUUCCUCACCACCAAAAAUGCCUACAGCUCAGAAAGCCUAAGUCAUAGGUUAACUGUAUUUGGCCAGUAAGCUCAUAUAGCCCUCUACGACUCAGGAAAGGCAGCUGUCAUAUGAUUGGCCCAAUGGUGAUGCUCUAUCAAGAGUAUACUUUCAAGAAUAUACAUCCAGGCGUCCUAGAUUUAUAACUUUACCCAUUGGGAUACCCAUGUCUGCCUUUUUUUUUUUUUUUUUUUUUUUUGCAAUUUUUUAUUUUUUCCAGAACAGUCUUUAUAGUUUCAGUAAGCUAUAAUUCACCCAAACUAAAUGAACCAUUUUGAUUUGAAAAAAAAAAGAAAAAAAGAAAAAAGUUUAGCUAAAUUCAUUCAAAUGUACAGAUGUUCAGUUGUCACGAAACAUGACAUUUAUUAAGAUGUCACAUUAUAAUAUGCUAAUAAUAGAAUCUCAAAAACUGAGUUCAUGGUAGAUGGAAAUGUCAAGCUCAUCCAGCUAUGUUCAAUACCACUUUAUCAGCUCCGCCUGUACAAUCUAAUACAGUUCAGGUCAACCGCUCUGCCAUAAAUUCUACUUUUUAACAAAGUUUAUAAUGUUCAGUUUUUGUUGACAUUAUGGAGAAUGUGUCAGUUUGAUUCUAUUUUUAUUAUUGAGGUUCUAGUUUGCAGAGGUCUUGUACUGGAGGACUUCAUAUUGAGAGGUGUUUCUAAUUUCUGGUCAUCCCUCUUUAAAAUACAUGAGGGGAACAGAAUAGUGGAAACACCUCUCAAUAAAAUGCAGUCCAGUCCAACAGCAGCACUAACUAUGAGCUCAAUGCCAAACAUAGAAGUGAAUGGACACCUCUAUUACUGUGACAAAAAGAAAACCUGAGUGUUGUAGGCAGCAGGAAAGGAAACUUUAUGGCAGAACAUUUGGAUUGGAUUGGAUUCGCUCUUAAUGUUAGUCUUAGCCUGCUUUUGAUUUUAUUUGUUUUGUUUUCAUUUAACUAACUGGAUUUGAUUAGACUUAAUAAUUUCCUGCUCUGCACCCGUUGCACUCCUGGCUGGCCUGGAAGGGGCUUCCCUGUCUUUGUGGACUUAACCAAGAUUUCUUACAUUUUUUCCCCUUUUUGGCCUUGGGGUUUUUCGGGAGUUUUUUUCUUGCCUGCUAUGAGGGUUCAGGUCAGCGUGUGUUGUGUUUUGAGACAGUAACAUGAUUAAGGGCUCUAAAUAAACUUGAACUUGACCUCAAUCUUGAGCUAAGCUCAAGAUUGAGUUCAAAUCCUAGCUUGGCUGUUUUUAGGUCAUAAGCUGCCAAAAACAAGUGGGAACACUUUCUAACAUAAGAUGGAGAAACUGUGACUAACAUGAAAAUUAUUUACAUCACACUUUUGAAAAAAAUCUGAAUUCCCUGACCAUGGGUCGCACUGUUCUAAAAUUGCUUUCCUUUCUUUACUUGUUCAGUAGUUUCAUGGUGAGAAUGUUUGCAUAACAAAUAUUUUAAAUGUUUGUCUUUGAUGUGUUGGACCAUUUUUUCACAAAUGUCAGCUAAAUUUUUUUCUGCUUCUGUAUCUUCUGUUUUGAACCUUAGUCAUGAUUUGUGGCUAUUUUAUCUAUUUUAAAUGGUUGAAGUCAUUUUGUGAAGACAAAUUUACAUUCCUCCCAGACUGGUUUUGUUGUCCAUACAGAGGAUCUUUCACUCUUGGUCACAAAAUAUGUUGUGAAUUUUUGUGUUUAGUUCAAAGUGUGAUUGGAUCCCUCAUAAUUAUAAAUUUGCAUUAGCUGCUUAUAUUCAUUUUACUUUCUUCCCUUGUUGCUGCAGUGGUAUAAUUCCCCCCAGAGAUCAAGUUUCACCCCAUCUCCUCUUUCAUAAGCUGCUCCCGGUCUGUCCAUGUUGCGUGGCAGGCCAUUUGUUACAAGUCCCACCCAUUUUAUGCAGACACGCUUUUAACUGGAUUUAUUCAUCCUGGGUUGGCAGUGAGUUGAUAACAGGCUGUGACACUGGUUAGCCAGGAUCAGUAUUAACCUUGAGUUAUGUUUUCAUGAGGCAGGACCGAGACCUAACUGGGCUGUGACCACAUCGGCUGCCUGGUUUCAAGCCUUCAUUUCUAUGUCUUCCAGUUUUGUGAUAGACAAAUGGUUGGUCACUUCAGCCGUGGCCAGCACUGAAAAAUGUAGUCAGGUAAAAAUUGUUAUGCAAGCAACCUUUUCAAUACUGAUUCCGUGUGAUUUGUAUUGUUUCUGACUCUGUUAUGUCCACACAUUCUUGUUCAAACAUUCCAAUGACUAACAUGUGCUGGAACCUAUUUGUAGUAUCCUAAAAACAUCUGACCUGUGGGUUUUUUUUAAAUGUUAAAAAAGUAGUGUCACUGGGUAUGAUAUCAUAGAUAUGGUAUACCUGAUGGAUGUUGGAGUGACUGGAUUUCCCUGCUCAGGACGACAAAUGUUUCUUCAAGUUUUUCUAAAUGUCAAAUUAUUUCCUGAACAAUUUCAAUAAACCAAACUGUCAGACUUGU